CGAGGCCAGUGGUCCGCCGGGCGAAAACGACUUUCUGUGCGCGGAGCGGGACCUCCCGAGACGACCUCUCGUUAUGAGUCAUGUGGCGGUGGAAAAUGCCCUCGGUCUAGAUCAGCAGUUUGCUGGUCUAGACUUGAAUUCUUCAGACGCUCAGAGUGGAGGAGGCUCAGCAAGCAAAGGCCGGUACAUUCCUCCUCAUUUGCGGAACAGAGAAACUUCAAAACAGGAUUCCCCCAGCUGGGACUCUCGUGGAGGUAAUGGCUAUAUGAAUGGAUAUGAUCGUGACAGCCGGAUGAAUGGCUACGAUCGUGAUCGCGGUGUGUUUGGAUCCAGAGGAGGAUCUGGACGUGAUGACAGAGGAUUUGAUGGUUGGAAUGCUGGAAGAGACAAGGAUGCAUACAGUAGCUUCGGUGCAAGAAGUGAACGUGGUUCAGGAAAAUCCAGCUUCUUUAGUGACCGUGGAAAUGGCUCAAGGGGAAGAUUUGAUGAUCAAGGAAGAGGCAGUGAUUUUGAUGGCUCUGGCAGUCGUGGUGAUAGAAGCGGCUUUGGAAGAUUUGAGCGUGGUGGGAACAGUCGUUGGUCUGACAAAUGUGAUGAAGAUGACUGGUCCAAACCACUUGCACCAAGUGAACGUAUGGAGCAGGAGCUUUUCGCUGGUGGGAACACUGGCAUUAACUUUGAAAAAUAUGAUGACAUUCCAGUUGAGGCAACAGGCAGCAACUGCCCUCCACACAUUGAAAGUUUCAGUGAUGUUGACAUGGGGGAAAUUAUCAUGGGGAACAUUGAGCUCACCAGCUACACUCGACCUACUCCAGUGCAGAAAUAUGCUAUCCCUAUCAUCAAAGAGAAGAGAGAUUUGAUGGCUUGUGCCCAGACAGGGUCUGGGAAAACAGCUGCAUUUCUUUUGCCUAUACUGAGUCAGAUCUAUACAGAUGGCCCAGGUGAUGCCUUGAGAGCUAUGAAGGAAAAUGGAAGAUAUGGACGUCGUAAGCAAUACCCAAUCUCAUUAGUCUUGGCUCCUACAAGAGAAUUGGCAGUGCAAAUAUAUGAAGAAGCCAGGAAGUUUGCAUAUCGUUCCAAAGUUCGCCCUUGUGUUGUCUAUGGUGGUGCUGACAUUGGCCAACAGAUACGUGACUUGGAGCGUGGCUGCCACUUGCUUGUCGCAACUCCAGGACGUCUUGUAGAUAUGAUGGAGAGAGGAAAAAUUGGACUGGACUUCUGCAAGUACUUGGUAUUAGAUGAAGCAGAUCGUAUGCUUGACAUGGGGUUUGAACCUCAAAUUCGUCGUAUUGUUGAGCAAGAUACUAUGCCACCAAAGGGUGUCCGUCAGACCAUGAUGUUCAGUGCUACGUUUCCAAAGGAAAUCCAGAUGCUUGCUCGUGACUUUUUAGAAGAAUAUAUCUUUCUGGCUGUUGGCAGAGUUGGCUCUACAUCUGAGAACAUCACACAGAAAGUAGUGUGGGUGGAAGAGUCAGACAAACGGUCAUUUCUGCUUGACCUCCUAAAUGCCACAGGUAAAGACUGUUUGGGAGAAUUCCAACACAACUCUAAUGGCUCAGGCAAAGAUUCCUUGACACUGGUGUUUGUGGAAACUAAAAAAGGGGCUGACUCCCUGGAAGAUUUCCUGUACCAUGAAGGAUAUGCUUGUACAAGCAUCCAUGGUGAUCGCUCCCAGAGAGACAGAGAAGAAGCAUUACACCAGUUCCGUUCGGGUAGAAGUCCAAUCUUGGUUGCCACUGCAGUAGCAGCAAGAGGCCUGGAUAUUUCAAAUGUCAAACAUGUCAUCAACUUUGAUUUGCCAAGUGACAUAGAAGAAUAUGUUCAUCGCAUAGGCCGUACAGGGCGUGUGGGGAACCUUGGUCUUGCCACGUCAUUCUUCAAUGAAAGGAACAUAAAUAUUACAAAAGACUUAUUAGAUCUUCUUGUUGAAGCCAAGCAAGAAGUACCAUCUUGGCUAGAAAACAUGGCAUAUGAGCAGCACCAUAAGGGUGGAAGUAGUCGUGGACGAUCUAAAGGCCGUUUCAGUGGAGGAUUUGGUGCCAGAGACUAUCGAACAAGCAGCAGUACUGCUGGCAGUAGUUUUGGCAGCAGCCGUGCAAGUAGUAGUCGGAGUGGUGGCAGUGGUGGUGGUGGUGGCGGCGGCGGCAGCGGCCAUGGAGGCAGCAGAGGGUUUGGAGGUGGCUAUGGCGGCUUCUAUAACAGUGAUGGAUAUGGUGGAAACUAUAACUCUCAGGGGGUAGACUGGUGGGGCAACUGAUCUGCUUGCUGCAGAUGCUUACCAAACAAGCUAAUAUGGAAACCACAUGUAACUUAGCCAGACUAUACCUUGUGUAGCUUCAAGAACUCGCAGUACAUUACCAGCUGUGAUUCUCCACUGAAUUUUUUUUAAGGGA